GGUCCCGAUCAGGUUCUGGAGGCGAAUGCGGGGCUGGGCGGGCUCGCGAGGGGCCGGGUGGUCCGCCGGGGGCGAGGGAGAGUUUCAGGGCUCCGGGCCGCGUUCUGGGCAGAGUCCCGCCAGGGCGGGCGUGCCCGCCCCGCUGGUCCCAGCUCCCAGCACCCGCUGCCUUGGCUGGGGCGGCCGGGUUCAUUCAUUCCCGGCCUGGGGACUCCUAGCUCAGCCCCCGCGGAGCCCCGGCCCCGAUUCCAGCCCGAGGCCCGGCACGCUCGAGCGCUCACGACCCAGACCUUCUCCCCUCCAUUAUACAGACCGGGAAAACUGAGGAGGCGACAGCUGAUCGAGGUCUCCCCGCCGGUCCGAGGCGAGACAGGUCUCACCUGCCUUCUUGCCUCCCAGGGCCUCUCCGCGACCACUUCCCGGGGGUCCGCACUGUGCGAUGGCAGAGAAGGUGCUGGUAACAGGCGGAGCGGGCUACAUCGGCAGCCACACAGUGCUGGAGCUGCUGGAGGCGGGCUAUUUGCCUGUGGUCAUCGACAACUUCUGUAAUGCCAUCCGUGGAGAGGGCUCCAUGCCUGAGAGCCUGCGGCGGGUGCAGGAGCUGACAGGCCGCUCUGUGGAGUUUGAGGAGAUGGACAUCUUGGACCAGGCAGCCCUACAGCGUCUCUUCAAGAAGCACAGCUUUAUGGCAGUCAUCCACUUUGCGGGGCUCAAAGCUGUGGGCGAGUCAGUGCAGAAGCCUCUGGAUUAUUACAGAGUUAACCUGACAGGAACCAUCCAGCUUCUAGAGACCAUGAGGGCCCACGGGGUGAAGAACCUGGUGUUCAGCAGCUCGGCCACCGUGUACGGGAACCCUCAGUACCUGCCCCUGGACGAGGCCCACCCCACGGGUGGCUGUACCAACCCCUAUGGCAAGUCCAAGUUCUUCAUUGAGGAAAUGAUCCGGGACCUGUGCCAGGCAGACAAGGCCUGGAAUGCAGUGCUGCUGCGCUAUUUCAACCCCAUAGGCGCCCACGCCUCCGGCUGCAUCGGCGAAGAUCCCCAGGGCAUCCCCAACAACCUCAUGCCCUAUGUCUCGCAGGUGGCGAUAGGGCGACGGGAGGCACUGAAUGUCUUUGGCAACGACUAUGACACAGAGGAUGGCACAGGUGUCCGGGAUUAUAUCCACGUCGUGGAUCUGGCCAAGGGCCACAUUGCGGCCUUGAGGAAGCUGAAGGAGCAGUGUGGCUGCCGGAUCUACAACCUGGGCACCGGCACGGGCUAUUCGGUGCUGCAGAUGGUCCAGGCCAUGGAGAAGGCUUCUGGGAAGAAGGUGAAGAUCUCUGGCGCUGGCAGAAGCAGAACCCUUCAGGCUUUGGCGCGCAGGCCUGAGACCUUCCCCUGCCGUGGUCCAGGAAAGGAAAGAGAAACAACUGCCUGCUCUCCAGCCUCGGGCAGGAACCCAGGGGUCUCAGAGGCUCUGCUACCUCAAACCCCAGCUGGGCCCGCUCAGCCCACCAGGCAUGAGGCCAAGGGCCCCAGUGACCUGGAGUCGGGGGUCUCUAACUCUUCUCUUUCAGAGUCUAGGAACCCAUCAGGAUCUCCAAGAACAAGAUGGGGAGGCAGGGCCUUGAAACAAAACACCCUCCUCCCAGGCGCUAAUUUAUACUGCUAUGAAGAAGUUUUCCAAAGUAUUUAAAAUAAAAAGUUUUCUUACACUGGGA